UGUAAACACACACACACAAAAACGUCUGCGCAAUCACGUGCAUUAUACUAUAGUAAAAAGAAAACGAAAAGAGCAACGCCGAUUGAAUUUGUAUACAUUUAAACCCUUAGUUUGACAAGAUAUUUCAACCCGCUGAACCAACAGAAUUAUACCAACAUGGGCAUAACAGGAUUGUUAAGGUCGGAUUUUCUACUCCUGUGUCCUUGUGUGACGUCAUCUCUACUCUACCUCCUUCACUGGAUACCUCAGGAAAACGAGCCGUCCCCUCUUGGAAUCUUCCUCAAGUGUCUCCCGAUAGUCUUCUUGUGUCUCUACGUCUUGAUUCAAAUCCAUCACUACGGUUUCUCAAGAUACUCUCUAGCGAUUCUCCUGGGAUUGUUAUUCUCCGGGGUGGGUGAUGCCUGCCUCGUCUACGCUAAGGAUUACUUCAUCUUCGGGUUAGCUUCCUUUGCCGUAGCUCAUCUCCUCUACAUUGUAGCGUUCCAUGAGCGCCCGAUGUGGUGGACUUUCAUGUUUUUCUUUCUCCCGUACUACAUUGUCAUGUGGCAGUACCUUAUACCCGGUGUGAGUGCUAAGAAGCUGUUCUACCCUGGCAUGGUCUAUGGCGUCCUCAUUCUAACGAUGCUCUGGCGUGCCAUGGCUAGGAUCACCAUCUCUAACAAAAUGUCUUGGACCAGACUUUAUGCUUUCUUCGGUGCAGCACUCUUCUUAGUUUCUGAUACGGUGCUUUCUGUCAAUCUAUUUGCGGUUCCAGUACCCAAUGCUCAGUAUAUUAUAAUGACCACAUAUUAUCUAGCCCAACUUCUAAUCGCUGUGUCGGUCGUCAAGGAACUGGGACAGACGGAGAAACUAGAUAAUUCGUUACCGUCUGAUAAACUUAAAAGUCUAUAAUGACCAAACGUGCAGAUAAUUGAAAUAGGUUCUUCUAUAUAGUGCACAAAUCAAUCAUGUCGACCAAGGCACCGUGAAGAGUUUGAUUUGAUACAGUUCUGUUUUGAGCAAUUUCUUGAGCAUAACAGCUGAUUUUAAGUAUAGAAACCUUUAAAAUAAAUCAACUUCUUCUUCACACUCAGAGGUAACUUUGUCCAAUUCUCAGGAUUUGUCUUUUUUAUUCAAUGACAACCCAGCACCCAGCAAAAAGUUUCUUACAGUAAAUGAUGUUUGUUUGCAUGGUUUUGUUUUGCAUUUUAUGCACAGGUAAUGGUUCAUUGACUUUUAUAAUAGAUUUGGUAACAGUUUUAACAAAUUUCAAAAGUUAUUAAACUAAAAAUGAACCCACAAAGAUAACAGGCUGUAUGUGUGUUAUCGGUUGUUUAUUUUCUAUCGCUUAAAAAUAUUACAAAUAAAUCAACAAGAUUAAUUUGUUGACUUGGUUAUUUUUUAUAUUGAAUGCAUGAUUGUACAAUUGGACUGAUAUGGUACUGUUUAACAACAGAUAAAACGGAUCCAGUUCCGUAAUUGGUGGAUUGGAAAAGUUUAAAAGGCAGACGAACUUUAAAAAAAAAAUUUUUUUUAAAUUUUGACAAAAGACAUAAAAAGUUCUUUGAUGUGAUAUUAAACCUUUGGAUUUUGGAACAUUAAGAAUAAUCUGUGAAAAUUUAUGUCCACAGGAAGAAUAUCACGACGUUGGAAUACACAAUUUGAAAAACGCUACUGUCAGUAACGUUUUAAACUUUGGGGUUAAAAACUUUAUUUGUCCAUUUACCACCUUACUUCAAAGUGAAAUGAUUCUCAAAAUUAUUGAAAGCUGCUGUACUUCUAAGCAAGUAA